UGCCCGUGCCUAAGAGCCCUAGCGACUCGCACUUGCCUUCCACAAUUUUCGAAUUCGGAAAUUUCGAACCUCAUCAUCCUCUACUAACUUCACAGCAGGCCAGGUCAAGUAAACUUGCACCCACCACAACUGGCAAAAUGAAGUUGAACAUCAGCUACCCUGCCAAUGGCAGCCAGAAGCUCAUCGAUAUUGAGGAUGAGCGCAAGCUCCGUGUCUUCAUGGAGAAGCGCAUGGGCGCUGAGGUUCCUGGUGACUCCAUCGGCGAUGAGUUCAAGGGCUACAUCUUCCGCAUCACUGGUGGAAACGACAAGCAGGGUUUCCCCAUGAAGCAGGGUGUCAUGCACCCUACCCGUGUCCGCCUCCUCCUCUCCGAGGGCCACUCUUGCUACCGUCCCCGACGCACCGGCGAGCGCAAGCGAAAGUCUGUCCGUGGCUGCAUCGUCGGCAUGGAUCUCUCUGUCCUCGCCCUCAGCAUUGUCAAGCAGGGUGAUGCUGACAUCCCCGGCCUCACCGACGUCGUCCACCCCAAGCGUCUCGGCCCCAAGCGCGCCACCAAGAUCCGCAAGUUCUUCGGCCUCACCAAGGAUGACGAUGUAUGUCUUUCCCUACGCCCAUACUCGAUCAUCGCCUACCCGGAGCUGCAGUGGAGGAGUUGGCAGACCGGGUAGAGUGUGAGAGCACCCCUUGAUCUACUUGCCAAGUAAGAGGUCAAGGGGUAGCGAGUUGAACAAUGAUAACCACAAGAAUUGAAAAUAAACUAAUGCUUACAUGACACAUAGGUCCGCAAGUACGUUAUCCGACGAGAGGUUCAGCCCAAGGGGGAGGGCAAGUCUCCUUACACCAAGGCUCCCCGCAUCCAGAGACUCGUCACCCCUCAACGUCUCCAGCACAAGCGUCACCGCGCUGCCCUCAAGCGCCGCCAGGCCGAGAAGGUCAAGGACGAGGCCAACGAGUACGCCCAGAUCCUUGCCAAGCGUGUUGCUGAGGCCAAGGCCAACAAGGCCGAUGCCCGUAAGCGACGAGCAAGCUCUAUGCGCAAGUAGGGUUCUGGCGUUUAAUAAAAAAAAAGUGGAAUCAUACCUUGGUCUUGUGGUUUGCAUGCAUUGGGAGUGAGGAUUCUCUAUAGGGCUUGUUUUGAGCCAGCCACGACUGCGUUAAGAGACAGUUCGAAAAUAUGAACAUGAACAUGCAUUAAUGCACUUGUAACCCGGGCUCAUGGGCAACCUCCGCCUGCGUCUAUGUCUAUACUCCACCUUUCCUCACUAUAUGUUUUCUUAAUCGUGCG